GAAUUUGUUUAAUCUAAAAUCCUAAAAAAGACAUCUUUGUCUCCUACAGAUAUGAAAUGUUCUAUGAAUUGCCCAGAAGAUGAGUAUCCAAAUAAGGAAAGAAAUCAAUGCCUCCACAAGGUUAUGAAUUUCCUAAAUGUUUCAGAACUUUUGGGGAUAACUCUGAUCUGUGUGGCUCUUUCCUUUUCUCUGAUGACAUCUCUGGUUCUCUGGGUAUUUGUGAAGUUUCAAGACACCCCCAUAGUGAAAGCCAACAACUGGACUCUCAUCUAUACUCUCCUCACCUCCCUCAUCUUCUGUUUCCUCUGCUCCUUACUCUUCAUUGGCCGUCCUACUUCAGUCACCUGCCUCCUCCAACAAACAACAUUUGGGGUUGUGUUUACUGUAGCUGUGUCCUCUGUUUUGGCCAAAACAAUCACGGUGGUCCUGGCCUUCAGGGUUACAAAACCAGGGAGCAGGAGUAGUAUAUGGGUGCAAUCCAAGGUCUCUAACUCUGUUGUCAUUAUCUGUUCUGGGAUUCAAGUGGUUCUCUGUGCCAUCUGGCUGGGAACCUCUCCCCCCUUUCCUGACAUGGAACCUGGCCACAUCAUCAUGAAGUGCAAUGAGGGCUCUGACUUUGCCUUCUACUCUGUCCUGGGCUACAUGGGAUUCCUUUCACUGUGCAGCUUCACAAUGGCUUUCCUGGCCAGGAGCCUGCCUGACACCUUCAAUGAAGCCAAGUUCAUCACAUUCAGCAUGUUGGUGUUCUGCAGUGUGUGGGUCUCCUUCCUCCCCACAUACCAGAGCACCAAAGGCAAGGCCAUGGUUACUGUGGAAAUCUUCUCCAUCCUGGCAUCCAGUGCUGGCUUACUGAGCUGCAUCUUUUUUCCCAAGUGCUAUAUGAUCCUGCUGAGGCCUUACAGAAACACCCAAGAAAGCAUAAAGAAUAAAAUAAGUUCCAGGGGCAGGGACCUUUCUGGAUCAUUGUCUGCCAAUUCUUACCAGAGGUAUAAUCAAUUUUAAUGAUAAGCAUACCAAUAUGACAGGGACCCUGAGACAUUCUACCUCUUGUCUGCUGUCUAGGACCUCAGAAUUCCACAUCAUACCUUCUUCUGUUUGUGCCUGCCCUCAGAUGGGUUUCUUGGCCCUUCCCAAGGCAUGGAAAGGACAAGUUACCAUGAAGCCAGCAAUGAACGAUGACACUGACAUUUCUAAUCACCUGUCUCCUUUAGCAGACAUCUUGCCAUUCACUGAUGUCCUUCUUAGACUAUGAAUAAAUUAUUUUGGACACCAUCAUCCUCUUUUAUUUUAAUAAUCCCAUUUAUACUGAACUUCCAGCUUCCAAAUAGUGGCCCCCUCAUCAAUAUCAGAUGUCUCCUUCCUUUUUCCCCAUCUACCUUAGUACUCCCACCAAUGUCCUACUAAAUAUUUGAUACAUCCUUCCACUCUGUUUUUUGCAAUGCCUGCUGCAUAAAUUGCAAACUUUCAUCUUAAACUUCUUAACUUCUCACUCUUUUCAUAUUCUAGCACUUACUGAGACCUACUUCUCUCCAGAUGAAACUCAUUCCCUCAUUCCUUCAUCACACUUUUCAGUACUAGCUACUGCCAUGCCUCCCACCCCCAUUAUUUAAUUCAUUUGUUGGAGUGGGUUUUUCAGAAUGUAUUUUGCUCACAUUGCUGCUCCUUAGCUUUCUGUCAAUAUCCACCAUUUAGCAACCUCUUUCUCUUUAAUGUUCGUAUUAUCCAAAAUCAGUCAGUCAAUCCAUGGCUAUUAUGUGACACCAUCCCCCACCUUGAUCAUUUUCCUUUCUUCAUAACUGAAUCCAGUGCUUGACUCACAGGUUUGUUUUUUUUUUCCUGCACCUCAAUUCCUGAUAUUUUUCUAUUUGAUUUCAAGAGGGCUAUUGAUGUUUCCUCUAAUGCCAUAACUUAACCGAUUUCUCAAAUUACAUAAUCUCUUCCCCAAGACCACCUAUAAAAAGAGACAGUAAUUACCCUAGUCUUACUGAUACCCACAAGUUUUCCACUCACACUCAUAAACUGUAAUUCAUUCAUCUGAAUGUAAUAUUUUUUUUGUACCAGCAAGUUUAAUUUUUAUUUUUUUAUCUUGUUUUUAUUUUCAGCUUGAAAU